AUGGUGAAGGGAGAGACCAAGGGGCCAGGGUUCCGGUCUGGGGGCCAGGGUUCCGGUCUGGAAGCCAAUUUUCGACUGCUCCUACAGUCUUGCUUCGUGGCAGACAGCAGGGUGAUUCUUGAUGGUCUACAGAGGUACGGCCCCAUGCCCGGCUACCUGCCUGUUAGCUACCAGGUACUCAAUGCCAAGGCAGCCUUCUUCCUAAAGGAGGCCAACCAGGACCUAAUGAGGAACUCCAGCCUGCAGGCCAGGACUGAGCCCUUCUUCAUCCAGGAGGCCCGCCAGAUGCCCUUCAUCAACGCCAGCUACGGACCCAUGUCUGCCCAGCAACCCAUCCCCCUGGAGCUCCUACAGAGCCCCGGACCCUUCAACGGACCCUCUUUUACCUCCCUGUCAUCCUCCUCCUCCUCUUCUCCAUCCCUUUUCACCUACAACUGGAAGGUCCAUACCUUCAUCAUCAGUGAGAGGAUUCACCCCAGUUGGCCAAAGGUGCAAGUGUUGUUCUAUGUGGGAGGCAGGGACUGGGAUGACUAUACCACCAUCCACAGGCUGCCCUGUGUCAGGAUGUUUGCCUUCCACGAGACCCAGGAGGUGCGGGGCACGUGUCGUCUGAAGGGGGAGCUGGGGAUGUGUGUGGCAGAACUGGAGCCCCUGGCUAGCUGGUUCAGUCCCCCCACCGUGAGGCCAGGGAGGCAGAGGUCUCCGGAGCAGCCCCAGGGCACCCCCGUGGAGCUCUACUACAUGGUCCAGUCCACGGAGACUGGGGAGUGCAGCUCAGAGGACUCAAGGAAAGGCAGUUCCAUGCGCACAGAGCACCAGGGGCCCAUGGGGUACUUCUCGGGUCCCACACCCAUGCAGCGCAUUGGGAGCGUGCGUCUGUUCCAGCCCAUGCCGGAGCUGAGGCUGGACAGUAACUUUGUGGUGAUGGUGCCCUCUAGACCAAUCAGACAGAGGGAGAUAGUCUCCACCUUCCUGGCUCUCUCCAUCCUGUCACCUGUACAGAUCUUCACCCUCAGAGUGAAGUCGAAGGAUGGCGUGGCAUUCCUGGGGGCGAGGGCCAGUGACCCAGUCCUGUGGACAGUGAGCCAGGAUGUGAGGAGCGAGGGACACAGGGUCAUCACCCUUCACUGUCACCGCAAGGAGAACACCUUCGGUCAGAGCAACGACGCCGGGGUUCACGGCCACAGGAAGCCCAAAGACAACUCCAAGAUCUUUGGGGGUAGGGGCACAAGGGGUGGCCGGUCGAGCCGAGGAGAGUGCCAGAACCCGAAUGGCAAAAUCUGA